CAUCAUGCCCCGUCACAAGUGCCCUCCAUCAUCAUGCCUCGUCACAAGUGCCCUCCAUCAUCGUGCCUCGUCACAAGUGCCCUCCAUCAUCAUGCCUCGUCACAAGUGCCCUCCAUCAUCAUGCCUCGUCACAAGUGCCCUCCAUCAUCGUGCCUCGUCACAAGUGCCCUCCAUCAUCAUGCCUCGUCACAAGUGCCCUCCAUCAUGCCUCGUCACAAGUGCCCUCCAUCAUCAUGCCUCGUCACAAGUGCCCUCCAUCAUCAUGCCUCGUCACAAGUGCCC